AUGAGCCGGACCAGGAAAGAAAGUGCCCAUCGGAUGGCCACGGCGAUUGCGAGCUCCGAAGAAUGGAAAUCGUCUACAAAGAGGGAAACGCUCGGAGCCCUUGAGCAAGAGCUGGCCAAGCUCGUCGCGACCACCCAUGAUGGGCCUGAGAUGGAGAUGGCGAGAAAGGAGAUGGGCGGCUUCCUCAACUUGUUCUCGCGAUUCCUUCGAGCGAAGACGCAAAUCGACUGGAAGUCCAUUCAGCCUCUUCCGGAGGGCGCCAUCAAGCCCUACAAGCAGCUCGCGCCAGUUGCCGAUGAUCAAGUAGCGUCAAUGCUCAGCAAGCUGGUUGUCAUCAAGCUGAACGGAGGUCUCGGCACAUCCAUGGGAUGCAAAGGCCCGAAAUCGGUGAUUGCUGUCCGAAACGACCUUACUUUCCUCGACCUCACGAUGCAGCAGAUUCAGCAACUAAACCGCACCUACAAUGUUGAUGUCCCGCUGGUUUUGAUGAACUCCUUCAACACCGAUGACGAUACGCAGAAAUUGCUCAAGAAAUACGCGAACGUCAAGGUGUCCGUCGUAUCCUUCUGCCAGUCGCGAUACCCACGAAUCAACAAGGAAACCCUGAUGCCGAUCGGCAAGGACAUGAGCUCCAAUGACCUCGAAGCCUGGUACCCACCUGGUCACGGCAAUUUCUACGAGGCCUUCGCCAAUUCUGGGCUUCUUGAUAAGUUCCUCGAGCAAGGAAAGGAGUUCUGCUUCUUGUCGAACAUUGACAACAUGGGAGCCACUGUGGAUCUCAGCAUCCUGAACUUUGUGAUGAACCCCACCGACCAGCAAGAACGGCCCGAGUUUGUGAUGGAGGUUACCGACAAGACGAGCCGAUUAUUUCAAAAUUCAGAAUAUUCAACACAAACAAUCCUAUGGGCCAACCUCGGUGCUAUCAAGCGUGUCAUUUCCAACAACGAGCUCGAUAUGGAGGUGAUUGUUAACCCGAAGCACCUGGAUCGAGGACUAGAUGUGAUCCAGCUGGAGACUGCUGCCGGUGCGGCCAUCAAGAAUUUCAAGUAUUCUUGCGGGAUCAACGUGCCGCGUUCCCGUUCCUUGCCUGUGAAGAAGUCGUCAGAUUUGCUGCUUCUAAUGUCCAACCUGUAUGAUAUCGACAGUGGAAGUCUUACGUUCCAUAUAAACAAGAUGCACACGAUCCUCCUGAUGCAGCCGACCGGAAAACUGGAGUCGAGAACGUGGAGCGACUACGAAACCCUGCGGGAAUGUCUUGAAGCGAUCUGCAAAAUCUAUGAGGAAUUUUUGAAGAAGCACAACCCCGGGCAGCCAUCAAUUACCUACGAUGUAAGCAAUCUGUUCGACUUCAUCGACAAGCUCACCGAUCUCAGCUGUAUGGUACUGAAUAAGGAUCGUACGUACAUGCCCCACAACAAGGAAUGGAUCAAGGAGAAGAUCUUUGCCAUGCUGAAAAAUCAAGCUAGCGUCCAG